AUGGCGCAUGGCGAUCCAGAUGAAAAAACCUUCCUCUACAUCCUCUACUUGGAACAUCUCCAAUUGGACGCCUCAGCAGUGGACUAUGUGGGCUCUGAAGCGGCCAUUUUUUGGUACGUUGGCGAUGGGGAGCAGUACCACUCCUCUCAGACCAUGGUCUUGACCAAGGAGCCGGUCCGGUGCGCCUAUUGCAGCUUCUACAGUAUCACUCUGCCCAACCUGCCCGAUCGAUCGCUGUCAGUCACCAUGACACUCUCAGUGAACGACGAACACAUAGGUGUGGCAUUUCUGGACUUCAAAGACUUUGGGGAGAGCCAUGUUUUCAAGGAGGACAAAGUGAAGCUGCUGACCGAUGCGGGAGUCUUGGCUGUGGCCACCCUGCACACUGCCUCGCAAGCACGCUGGUCCUACUCCGCGCCGAUCCUAGCGGACACCACAGGGUUCUUUGUGGAUCCCAGCAGUGAUGACCAAGCGAAGCAGCUGCAUGAAUACAUCUUCCCCAAGGCUGAUGGAACUGAAGAGCAAGAUAAGGCAGAUGCAAAGGCAGAAGAGGAAGUGGAGAAAGCCAGACAGGAAGAGGAAGCGAGAAAGAAGAGGGAGGCCGAACGGCUCGAGGAGCAGAGGAGGGAAGACGAGCGACGGGAGGAAAGCCGCCGCUUUUCCGAGCGGUUACCCCCCUUAAAUUUGACAGCGAAGCCCAAGUUCUAG